AUGCCAGAACCAACCAGUGUCUCCCUUCUGAGGGACAUAUCUUUGCAUCGAGCAGAAGCAGUAUUCAGAGACGCACUCAGCAGCUCCACGCUCAAUUUCGUCAACCCGAAUCUGAUCCAUGAUGAGCUCACAAACCUAAAAGAUCUCUCAUCCAAACUCAAGUUCCAGUACUUGGAGCAGGAAACACGCGACAAAUUUCUCCGACACAUUCUUCUCGAAGACGAAAAAGACGUGUCACAAGCCAACGUAGACCAAUUGGCGUCCUCGAAUGCACUGGCCAAGGCAGACUUGAAACAGACGAAAGAAGAGCUUGCGCAGCUUCUACAGGAAAGCGAGUUGGUUUCCGAAGAGGUCAUCGUGCUCAGCAAAGAACACGCGGCUAAGCAGAUACAAGUGGAUGACAUGUUGCGUGAAACCACCGAGCUACAGGAGGAGCUUGAUUCUUUGUUAAACGAACCUGAAAAUGAAAAUUACAAAACAUUGCUCCAGAUGCACAAGCUCAUAGAUACCGAAAACAUUGGCUUGGAGGAGGCUAUGUGUAUUGCGGAGAAUGCAGCUGCUCUGGAGGCACUUGCAGUCGAAGAGAUACGGACCCAAGUAGCUGCUGCUGAUUUGCAGGUCAAACAGAAUGCAGAAUUGGAAAAAGAAUUGGAAGUCCAAAUUCAAGAAUUGAAGGACCAGCUCGAACUGAUUGAAAGGCUGAAACAAGGGGUUGUCUUAGACCCCCUUCAAAUUCAUGCACAGACAUUGCUGGGUGUGAACUCCGUGCUUCAGAAAUUCAUCGGCACAGAUUAUGAGAUCAAGGCUAAGCAUGACUCUUUCGAAUUGACUAUUGGACAAAGAACGGUAGUCCUUGAUAAUCAACUCAACAUUCUUAUGGGGCUGACAGAGGUCAGUGGUAAACUGAAGCUGCUCGUGAAUUGCGCAGGCAAGGACAAGUUCUGGAAACUUCUGCGUCUUCUAAGCACUAUGAUCUGUGAUCAAGAAACUCAGAAUACCCAGUCUAUGUGA